GACAGCAGACGACCUGACGAUUCACUCACGACUCUAAUGCCUCUCGUCUAGCUCGCGCAGAUGGUCUGUUGAUGAAUCAAUCCUAGCAAACUUUGCCUAUCCAGAGGAGUCCUUUGAUUUAUAUCGCCGGCCAUGCCGCCAGGCACCGGCAACAAGCGUAAGCGAGGCGAUCGGUCGUGGUCUGGCGACUGGAACAAUGAUGGCUCCCGGCCAUCUCCUCACCGGCCUGCAAAUCUCAACCUUGCCCAGCAGCAGCAGAGCCAAUACUAUAACCAGUCCAGGGAUGGGGGAGACACUCGCGGGAGGGGCGGUAGAAGAGCCAGUAGAGGCAAUCGCAAUAACCGCAGAGGAAGUGAUGGAUCUAGUUUCCAGCUGCGAGAAAGCUCAAGGGUAGCUUCGCCUUUAACUGCAGACGAGCCCAAGCUUUCCCAAACGAAUGGAUUGCCAGCACCCGCAAUUACAGAGUCUCCGACCCCACAACCCCAGGUUUCGAAAAAGGCCGAACCAUCUUCCUACGCCUAUGAUUAUCUUACUGACGACCGGAUCAAAAAUUGGUCCUCGACCGGAAAACAGCAGGUCGUCGAAGUAGGAAAAGAGGCUUGUUCAAACGUGGACACAAUCACUUUAGCGUCCCUCUUUCAGGAAGUUAUCCAGUCUGCAUUCGAAUGCCGAAUACCACCUGUCGAAGGCGGAGCAGUCGUCAAGCAGAUAAUUGGCGAAAGAUCCGACUCCAAUGAUGGAGACCGAACGGCACCAUACCUUGCCUUCGACAGCCAUUCAAUUUUCCUCGACACCCUAUCAAUCCUCACAGAUGCCGACUCCUCCCGCGAAAAUCUACGACCUCUCGCCUUUGCCACUGGAAUAUCUCCAUCUCUUAUGCGUCUCCAACUCGAUACCCCUCUGUUACAAGCAUUGGGCCUAAUCCGUGAUACCUUCGGCCGCAUGGGUAUUCGGAAACAGACAAACAUCCUUUACCGUCAAUCGAAUUAUAAUCUACUGCGUGAAGAGUCAGAGGGUUAUUCUAAACUCCUUACUGAACUUUUCACGACUAGCAAUAACGAACCACCGUCGAGUGAGGUUGUGGAGGAUACGUUUGAAAGGGUGAAAGCAAUGAUUGGCGCCUUCGACAUGGAUGUCGGGAGGGUGCUCGACGUAACUCUAGAUGUCUUCGCCGCCGUACUCGUCAAACAGUACAGAUUUUGUGUGAAGUUUCUCCGCGCAAGCUCAUGGUGGCCGAAAGAGGAUAACGCUCCGGAGGGUGGAAUCGGACUGGGGUUACCAAAAUGGGCGUUACCGGGCUCCCCUGGUUGGUCUACGACGGACGAAGAACGGGAGGAAGCUCUCCGCCUGAAUGAACAUAGAGAUCGCCUAUUCUGGGAUAGAGCGAAACAAGUUGGCAUUAAAGCAUUCUUUGAAAUUGGACGCUCUUUGGCAUCUGAUUCCGAUAACCACAUGCUUGUCUCCGAUAUCGACGUCGAAACGAGGGACGAGACGCAAAAAUGGAUUGAACAAACUGGCACGUUACCACCCAAAGGAAACAGGGUUGCGGCGCAGCUACUUGGCUUCAAGCUCCGAUUUUAUUCAUCCGAUGCACGGAAUGCCACCGAUGUUCUGCCGGACAAUUUGAUAUAUCUUGCCGCUCUUCUCAUAAAAGUUGGCUUUAUAUCACUUCGUGACCUAUAUCCACAUCUUUGGCGACCAGAUGAAGAAAUGGAAGUACUCAAGGAGGAAAAAAUGAAGGAAAAGGCAGAAAGAGAAAAGGCUGGGCGCCGUGGUGCUGGCAUGAUGAAUGCAUUGAUGACAGCUGGAGCGCUGGCUGAUGAUACUCUUACCCUUCCCGCGAGAUCUCGUGGAUUAGAGACGAGGUCCGCAACGCCAGCCAAGGAACAGGAACAAGAUAAAGACAAAACAGCUCCCCAAAAGACCGAAGAGAAAGAACAGCUCCCAGAACCGGCCGACCAGAAGGUUCUGUUAUUAAAAAGUUUGCUCGCCAUUGGUGCUCUUCCAGAAUCUCUGUAUAUUCUUGGCCGUUUCCCUUGGCUUCUUGAUGGCUAUCCCGAACUACCCGAGUACAUUCACCGAAUCCUCCAUUACUGCUUGCAUAAGGUCUAUCAAUCGGUCCAACCGCUACCGUCGCGGUCCGAACUGAGGGACCGCAAGAAAAUUGUUGGUUCGGAGCAAGGUGCGGUAUCACAAGGUCGUGUACGGCUGUCAGACGCUGCUCCACAACGUGUACUUCGCUGGGCGUUACUGGACAAACAAGACAAUGACGGAACCGACUAUCGAUUCUACUGGGAUGAUUGGACCGACAGUAUUCCAGUGUGUCAGUCAAUUGAUGACGUCUUUGCGCUCUGCAGUUCGUUCUUAAACUUAUCGGGUGUGAAGAUCGGUCAAGAUCCCAGCCUCUUAACGAAAUUGGCCAGAAUCGGCAAACACAGCUUGAAGGAAGACGUAUCAGAAUCAAACCGCACACGAUGGAUGGAUUUGUGCAGGCGGUUAUUAGUUCCUGCACUGAGCUUGACGAAGAACAACCCUGGAGUGGUUAACGAAGUAUUCGAAUUACUCAAUUACUUCCCUCAGCAUGUUCGGUUUUCUAUAUAUGCCGAAUGGUAUUUUGGACAGACAUCCCGUUUACCGGAUAUUAAAUCUGCUUUUGAUCAAGCUAGAUUCGAGACGAAGGAUGCGUUGAAGCGGUUGAGCAAGACAAAUGUUCGUCCAAUGGCGCGAACCCUGGCAAAAAUCGCAUACGCUAAUCCUGGAAUCGUUAUCAACGUGGCCGUAGGCCAAAUCGAAUCCUAUGAGAAUUUAAUUGAGGUUGUCGUCGAGUGCGCACGAUAUUUCACAUACUUGGGCUACGACAUUUUGACGUGGUCUUUGAUCAAUUCUUUGGGGCAGAAGGGUCGCAGUCGAAUGCAAGAGAGCGGCUUGCUAACGAGUAGGUGGCUGAACUCUCUAGCUUCUUUCGCCGGCAGGGUUUUCAAAAGAUAUUCGAGCAUCGUCAACCCGGUCCCUGUUCUCCAGUAUGUCGCGGAACAGCUUCGCCAAAAUAACUCAACCGAUCUUAUCGUUUUAGAGCAGCUGAUUAGCUCUAUGGCCGGAAUUGUCACCGAUACCAACUUCAACGAUGCCCAAGUUCAAGCGAUGGCUGGAGGUGAAGUUCUACAGUCGCAGACCAUGUUACAGCUCCUGGACAAACGCCACGAAUCAAAGACUACAUCCAAGCGUCUUAUGAGAGCCCUUACUGAUUCGAAACUCGCCGGUCAGCUUCUAAUAGCUAUCGCCCAAGAACGUGUCACUUGCGUGUUCAAGGAAUCAGAGGCUGAUAUCGAACUCAAGUUACUGGGCAAUAUCUUUGACGAGAUCCAUCGCGUAUUAACACAGUACUUAGACCUCCUUCGAGCUAAUUUUACCGUUGAAGAGUUCGAUUCCUUUGUUCCAGACGUCUCAUCCCUUAUUGGCGAGUUUGGGAUUCAGACAGAAGUAGCAUUUUGGAUUUCUCGCCCCAGUAUUGCGCAUCGCGUGCUUGAGCACGACAAGAGACAGCGUGAAGCCGAGUCGAAGAAAGCAGAAUCGGAAGCGGCUACCCCAUCCAAAACUCUCGAUGCCGAUGUGGAAAUGGGAGAAUCUGGAGACGCCGGGCAGAGUCCUGAGGAAAUUGGACCUGGCGAUUUCAUGACGGUUGACUCCACCUCCCAGGAGGCGCAAAAAGACAGCCAAGAAAGUUCUGCUAAUCCGCCAACGCCAUCUGGAACCAAUGAAGAAACUACCCCUUGGCAUCCUGUUCUUGAUGAAAUGAUGGAAAAGAUGAAAUCCAAGCUACCGCAUGAUUUAUGGGAAGUUGUUGGCCUGCCAUUCUACGCUACCUUUUGGCAGUUAUCGCUCAACGACAUUUACGUACCUCAGAAAUCAUACGAGGAUGAGCUUGAGCGACAAAAGAAGAAAGUUAUCGCCAUUUCCAGUGACCGCUCUGAUUUAAGCAUAGCUGGAACACAAAGGAAAGAGCGAGAAAAGAAACAAGUCAACGAAUUACAUGAACGUAUUCUCCUUGAACAUAAACGGCAUGUCAAGGGAUUUACUCAGACCCGUGCAAGGCUGCAAAAAGAACGGGACAAAUGGUUUGCGGGAAUGAGGGGGAAACACGACGCUCUAAAUCUCGCCAUUAUCCAACAAUGCUUGCUUCCUCGCCUUCUGUUAUCCCCUGUUGACGCUCUCUACUGUUUCAAAAUUCUAAAAUAUCUCCACUCCUCUGGCACCCCGAAUUUCAGGACCGUUGGACUUCUGGAUCAGUUCUUCCGUGAUCAACGAUUAACAAGUAUUAUUUUCCAGUGCACCUCGAAGGAAGCUGAUAAUCUAGGUCGUUUUCUGAACGAAGUUUUCCGCGAUCUAGCUAGAUGGCAUGCUGAUAAAACGGUUUAUGAGAAGGAAGCAUAUGGAGCCAAGCGAGACCUCCCCGGAUUUGCGACCGCCGUUGACUCAGAGGGAAAACCCAGUGUCUUUUUAGAUUAUGAAGAUUUUCGACGAAUUUUAUACAAAUGGCAUCGACUUUUUGGCGCGGCACUGAAGACAUGCUUGACCUGCGGCGAAUAUAUGCAUAUCAGGAACGCAAUUAGCGUCCUGAAAGCGGUUGUUCAGCAUUUCCCUGCUCUUAAUUGGAUAGGGACCGAUAUGCUCACCAUUGUCAAUAAUUUGAAGACGACAGAUUCUCGUGAUGACGUCAAAAUUCCAGCAGCUUCGUUAAUCGGUGACCUACAAAGAAGGGAGAAGAAGUGGCUUCUUCCUCAAGCGUUCAUGCUUAACCAGUCUGUGGCAGCUGAAAAGACCGCUGGCGCCAAAUCAGCCACACCGCAAUCUCGCUCGGCGACACCUAAAGCUGGUCUUAACGCAGCAGCUCCCGAGUUCAAGCCCACCAGCGCUCCUGCAAACGCAAAUGGUGUAAGUAAAUCGGAGGUAGAGGAGGGAGAGGUUGAUGAUGCAAGGGCCGCGAACGCGAAGAAAGCUGCUCAGGCUCAAAAUUCAGCUACACCUCUUGCUCAACCCUCUCCUAGUCAGCAAACGAGUGGCACGGAACCCACCGUGGACGAGCAAAAUCCCAUUGAAGUAGACAGGCAAGGAGCCAAUGCCAAUGAACAGCUAGUCAACAAAGCGCCACCGGAGCCUUCGGCUGAGUUACCUCGAGAAACUCAAUCUCCGAUUCCUCCAAGGAAUACAACGCUGGAGCUUCGGCCAGAAAGAAGACCACGAUCAGAGGCGUCUCAGCCGGCGAACAUUCCCAAACGACCGGAAGUUGAUUGGCAAUCGGGGCCCGCAAUGCGACAGCCGCCUCCAAACUUACCCAACAAACCUGAGCCUCCCCGUUCUUAUAGGGAUGGACGGAUGUCAGUGAAACCUUUAGAGGCUCCCGAGAGGCGAGAUGCUCGAGGCGAUGGUCGUGAAACGAGAUACCAAGACUAUUCGCGACAGCCGCACCAUGGUCGUCAGGAGAUGGUCAGCGACCAUUCGCACCCAAGUGACACAAGGAUCCACGGUCGUGCUAACGAUGAUCGGGAGCGAAGAGAGCCUGGGCGCAUGGAUAGAGAUUUCUCGCGCCGCGUACUCACGGAAGAUCAUCUUGGUCGACUUGGCGGUCGUGAUUUGGCGCCUCCACGUGAUCAAGAACGCCCGGAUCGAUUAAACAGGAGCAGGGGAAAUCAAGCGGAUACUUUGCAACCAAGACAAGACUCUUAUCGGCAACCUCGCGAUGAGAUGCAUCCCUCUCGAAUGCCAAACUUUCAGCCGUUCCACGACGGUAAAGCUGACACGAACCGUGAUCACACCCAGCGUCAGGAGCCCGGAAGGCUCCAAAGAGAUGACAGAAGGCCGCACUCUUCCCGACCUCCUACUCCACGAUCAGAGGAAAAUCGUGGCAGACAAGAUAAAGUUGACGACCGCGACGAUAGAAAGACUUUUCCUCCGCAAAUGUCUCGCCGUGACGAUGUACCCCUUGGGCCAAGGGGUGACAGAGCUCAACCCAGUGGCCCCGACAUUCGUUCUCAGCCAGAUUUCCCACGGGAUUCACGAGAGUUGCGCCCCCCAUCCGACCCUAACUAUGGGCGCCUGAAUCAAGAAACAAGGUAUAUUCGUUCGCAGGAGGGUUUUGACCGUUCUACCGACAUUCCAUCCGGCCCAAGACGAACAAUAUCCGGACGCGGGGCGAGAAAUACUACGGCACCAGCACCCUUACAGACUGGUCCUCCAUUGCACUCUGAUCGCCAACCUCCCACUGGGCCGUCCAGCUGGACCGGUGGAAGACAUGGACAACACCAAGAUCAAGGCCCUCCUACUUCUGGUCCCAGUGGGCCCUUACCCCUUGACACUUCUGGUAUCCAUCCAGAUCGACUACGUGCCCUUCAAGCCCCGGAUCGUUCGUUUGGGACAAGUGGGCAGCCACCCUCCCCUGCACCCAUUUCGGCACCUUCUGGCCCUCGUGGUGGAGCACCAGCCGGCCCAUCGCCUACACGAACUUCAGCACCAGGAUCUGGAUUCCCCAGUGAGCGAGGUCGGGGUGACAAGAGGUUUGCUGGCUUGAAUAACAUGUUGCAGCAAGGUUCCGGGCCUCCAGAUAGAGCUAGUCAAGGCACUACGAUUAGGGGUCGAGGCGCUACUGGUCGCCAGAGUAGCGCCGCAACUGCUCUAUCACCGCAAACAACUAGGCCGCAAACUCCCGCCGAGGUUCCAAGCAGCGCAGGCCAGGCUGGAGGAAAGCCAGAUUUAUUCCCUCCCCGAGCGAACGGUACGCCUCGACAAGAGUCCCAUCGUCAAGAACUUGAAGAGGAGACGCGCAGAGCGGGACGAACAGGUCGCAGGAGUGAAAUCAUUGAAGAAGCUGCGUCUCAGACCCGAGCUUCACCUCGUCAUAGUUCCAGCGGCACUCAUACACCAGAUCGUAGCACGGAUCAGAUUUCAGACCGAACAAAUGAUCGAGAUAGAGACCGUGAGCGAAGCCGGCGUGGUGAUGAAGAUGUGAGGCGAGGUGACACCAAGAGGGAAGAAUAUAGAGAACGCCCAAGGGAAAGAGAGCGUGAUCGUGACCGCGACAGAGAGCGGGAGCCUCGGGAUAGAGAUAGAGAGCGCGACAGAGAACGUGAUCGAGAUCGAGAUCGAGACCGCGAACGCAACCGCGAUCGUGACCGCGGCCGUGCUAAUGAACCAUCAGACAACAGAGAUGACUUGCGCAAUCCGCAAGAGCCAAGAAGAGCUGGUCAAAUCAUGGAUAGCUCACAAACCCAGCCUCUUGGCAGAUCAAGAAGGGACAAACGUGAUCGCUACGACGGUCCUAGUUCGCAAAGUGGCGGCUCGUUCGAGUCUUCUGUCCGUGCUGCACCAAGUAAAGGUGCUCCACAUCCUGCACCGCCUCCGCCUCCGCCGCCACCGCCUCCGGGAUCUGACGACCGCAGAUGGACCAGAGGGGAUGAUCGAAAUAGAGAUCGUGACCGUGACACACGCGACCGUGAAAGAGACCGAGAUCGCGAGAGAGAUCGCGAUAGAAGCCGUAGAGAAACUGGCAAUACUGCUCGAGGGACCGCCGGUGGGAGAGAAGUCGAAACCGGCAGUCCUGCUGUCAGUUGGCCGCGAAAACGUGGACGUGGUGCUGCCGGGAGUGGCGACGAUGGAAAUGAGCAGAGCGGAUCGAUGAGAGUCCCUAGCGAAAGUAAAAGGCAGCGAAGGUGA